CAAAACUCAGUUCCGUUAGCAGGAAAUCGACUCUUGGACCACCACCACUUCUUUGAGCGACAAACACGCAGACAGAAGUGGAACUCUGCGUUCUGGAUCUGGGAGAGAUUUGAGGAGAAGCAUUUCCAGACGGGCGGUAACGGUAGUUCGCUUUUGCGCACAGAGUUCAGCCGAUGGGAAAAAGUUUGGCUGUUUGUUGAUUUCAUUGUAUCAGCUUAGUUUGUGACACCCGUGAAGAGAAGAGAUCAAAUACUGUCAUAAUGCCGAAAACGAUCAGUGUUCGUGUGACGACGAUGGACGCAGAGCUGGAGUUUGCCAUCCAACCCAGCACCACAGGGAAGCAGUUAUUUGACCAGGUGGUGAAAACCAUUGGUUUGAGGGAGGUGUGGUUUUUUGGACUGCAGUACCAGGAUGCCAAAGGCUUUUCCACUUGGCUUAAACUCAACAAGAAGGUCACGGCUCAGGACGUCCGCAAAGAGAGCCCUUUGCUGUUUAAAUUCCGGGCGAAGUUUUACCCCGAAGACGUUUCCGAGGAGCUGAUUCAAGAGGCCACUCAAAGACUCUUCUUCCUUCAGGUGAAAGAGGGGAUCCUGAAUGAUGAUAUCUACUGUCCCCCCGAGACUGCUGUGUUGCUGGCGUCUUACGCAGUGCAGGCCAAAUACACAGACUACAACAAAGAUGUUCACACACCUGGAUACCUGUCCAGUGAAAAACUGCUCCCACAGAGAGUUCUGGAGCAACACAAGCUGAAUAAGGAGCAAUGGGAGGAAAGAAUUCAGGUCUGGCAUGAGGAGCACAAGGGCAUGUUGAGAGAGGACUCGAUGAUGGAGUAUCUUAAGAUAGCUCAGGAUCUGGAGAUGUACGGCGUAAAUUAUUUUAGUAUUAAGAAUAAGAAGGGAUCAGAGCUCUGGUUGGGAGUGGACGCCCUGGGACUCAACAUCUACGAGCAGAAUGACAAGAUGACGCCUAAAAUUGGUUUCCCCUGGAGUGAGAUCAGGAACAUUUCUUUCAACGACAAGAAAUUUGUCAUCAAACCGAUUGAUAAAAAAGCCCCGGACUUUGUGUUCUAUGCCCAGCGUUUACGCAUUAAUAAGAGGAUUCUAGCCUUGUGCAUGGGGAACCAUGAGCUUUAUAUGAGACGCCGUAAACCUGACACCAUUGAGGUCCAGCAAAUGAAGGCACAGGCCAAGGAGGAGAAGAACCAUAAAAAGAUGGAAAGGGCCAUGCUGGAGGAUGAACGUAAGAAGAGAGAGCAGGCAGAAAAGGAGAAAGAGAAGAUUGAAAAAGAAAAGGAGGAGCUGAUGGAGAGACUCAAACAGAUUGAAGAACAGACAAGAAAAGCCCAGCAGGAGCUGGAGGAGCAGACCCGCAGGGCGUUGGAGUUGGAUGAGGAGCGUAAACGCGCUCAGGAGGAGGCGGAGCGUUUGGAGCGAGAGCGUCGCCUAGCGGAGGAGGCCAAAGCGGCUCUGCUGCAGCAGUCUGAGAGCCAGAUGAAGAACCAGGAGCAUCUGGCAACUGAACUGGCAGAGUUAACUUCUAAGAUUUCUCUGCUUGAAGAUGCCAAAAAGAAGAAAGAAGAGGAAGCAUCGGAGUGGCAGAUGAAGGCCACCAUGGUGCAGGAGGACCUGGAGAAGACUAAAGAGGAGCUGAAGAAUAAAGUGGUGUCAGCCCAUGUCACAGAGCCAGUUCAUGGUGAAAAUGAUAAUGAUGAGGGUGAUGAGAGCAGCGCCGAGGCCAGUGCAGAACUCACCUCUGCAGCGGCUUAUAAAGACAGGAGUGAGGAGGAACGCAUGACGGAAGCAGAGAAGAAUGAACGAGUGCAGAAACAUCUUCUGGCUCUUACUUCUGAGCUUGCUAACGCUCGUGAUGAGACUAAGAAGACUCAGAACGACAUGAUCCAUGCCGAGAAUGUACGAGCAGGGCGUGACAAAUACAAGACGCUUCGUCAGAUCCGCUCUGGCAACACCAAACAGCGUAUAGAUGAGUUUGAGUGCAUGUAAUGUUCCACAGUAGGCCAGCAGGGGGAGCUACAGCCUGUCUUUCACAUUAUACCUGCAGAGGAACUACAGUACCCACAAUGCACCGCUCCAACAGCCAGUCCAGGCAGAAAAAUAAAGCCAAAUAUUGAAUAAUUCUGCACAAUUGACAGUUCCUUUAAUUCAGGAGUAUUGUUUGGGUUACUGCAUUACAAUAAGGGAGAUUUAUUUUUUUACAUUGUGUUUGACCUAGAUGUAACUUCUUUAUUUGAAAACAUAUUAACAGUUUGCUUAUUAGUUGAACUAAAGGGUUUUCAUUUCAGCAGAAUUGUAGGAGCAGAAUGGGGAGUUAAAGUUGAAAUUUAAGCAUCAACCCAUUCAAGUGUCAGGAUAUAUGACAUUCCAAAAAAUGCUCCGGAGAGAUAGGACAUGAACAGAGUGGACCAAUCAUGAGCCAAUGUGCCAAGACCGUAAACCAGUAUAGCUGAUAUAUCAUAUACCUGCACAGUGCCAUAGUGAUGGUGUAAUAACGUAAUAAGGAACUGCCAUAACAUUUUGUGCCUUUCCUAAUAAAAAAUCUACAACAUAGUUUGAAGCACAUGCCUGAGAUUAUGGCUACCUCCUCCCCAUCGACCACUCUGCCAAUACAGGCAGCCUAUAAGAGCAAAAACUUGUGUGUGUGUGUGUGUGUGUGUGUGUGUGUGAGAGAGAAAGAGAGAGUGAGAGAGUGUGUGUUUGUGUGUGUGUGUGUGUAUGUAAAUGAUUGUGUGAGAUCCCUGUUAAUAAUUUCUUUAUAAAGUAGUUUCUCUAAGUUGCAGGUUUGUGGCCGCUCCCUGUCUGUGCCUUUCCACUGAAGAGGAAAGAAAGAGAAAAUAUCAAACUGUAUUUUUAGUUUAGUUUUAAAUCCUAUUCUUAUUUUAAGCUUUUUAUAAAAAAUUUAAAAAAAGAAAGAAAUAAGAAGAGACUGUUUUGUUGUUUUGAGGCAUUUGAAUCCUUUUUGCAGUAUUAUUUUGAAGAAUCCUUUAAUAGAAUGAUACUUAACAUCUUUUGGAAUUAAGUUUCUCCCUUUAUUUCUGAACAGUAUUUACCCAGAGAGUGUACACAGUUUAAAUAGCCCUGCACUUUUAGGUAGUGCCUUAGUUGUUUUUAUAAUCUUAAUUCAUGUAGCAGUAUGCUGCACUGAAGCAAUAUGACGACCCCAGCUGCUUUUGAAGAAUUUAUUCUUUAUUUGGAUCUUGGAUUUACUUGGAUAAUCAAAACUGUUUUUAUAUAUAAGAACAUGGAUCUCUUUUAAGCUUGUUCUGGUCUUAUAUAGCUUUCUUGUUACUUGGGCAACAUAACAUUUUUCGAAAUUCCAUGUUUAUUGCCCUUAGGCUGCAGUUGGCUUUUUCUCAGCCAGUCACAGAAAAGAUUGCUGCUUAAAAUGUUUUCAUUGCAACAGUCAAUAAAAUAUUAAAAACAUUACCAAUUCA